CAAAGCCCAGCUUCUGCCGUCUCAACACGGCCACGAACCCAUCUCGAAACUGCCCCCAAUCCAACUCCAGCGCCUCCCAGCCCUCGCCGCCAUGGCGACCACCGACGACGCCACCGCCACCGGCGAGGUCCGGCGCCUCCUCGAGCAUCUCGACUCCCAGCAGCAACUGCUGGCCACCUGCCACGACGCCUGGUCGCGCACGCUCGCGCACUUCGCCUCGCUCGACCAGGACGUCGCCUCCCGCUCCGCCUCCGUGGACGAGGCCCUGGCCGCCGCCGACGCGUCCACCUCCGAAUCCCUCGCGGCGCUCGAGGCACGCGAGGCCUCCGUACCCGUGCGCCUCGCCGAGGCCUCCGACGCGCUCUCGGCCGCCCUCGCCGAGGCCGAGGCCGAAUCCGCCGCGCCGCCGCCCGCCGACAUCCGUGGCGCCCUCAGGUGGAUAUGCCGCCGCAUGGACGCUGCCGCGCUCUGGCGCUUUAUGGCCGCGCGCCGCAGGGAGCUCGCCGCCGUUCGUAAGGAGAUCGGCCCCACCGUGGCGGCGUCCGUGGACCCACCCCGCCUCGUCCUCGAUGUGCUCAGCGAUUUCCUGGAGGCCGGCGAAGGCGCCGGUGAAGACCAGUGCUGGGUGCUCGGCAUGCUGCUGCGCUCGUUGUUUGGUUCAGAUGGGCGGAAGCCGCCGGAGAUAGGAGAUACGUUGGUUGAGAGGGCGUCUGUGGUUGCAAAGAACUGGUCUGAGCGGUUUGGGAUCAAGAGAGACUCGCCAGCUCCCAUCAAUGAGGAGGUGGAGAUGACAGAAGCUGACGAUGUUGAUAAUGCAGCGGUGCCAGAUAAGAAAGUAGAGCAGGCAGAUGCAAAAGAGGAGGAGGAAGAGGAGGAGGUGGAUGAGGUGGAGGUGGAGGAGGAGGAGGAGGAAGAAGAGGAAGAAGAGGAAGAGGAAGAAGAAGAGGAAGAUCAGGAGGAGCUGGUGGCUGCAUCAGGUGAUGAGGAGGAAGAGAACCCGGAGGAAGUAGACAAUGAAACACAGGAGGACCCAGAGGAAGCGGGGAUGGAAGCACUGAAGGAGAAGAAGGGAGAAGAGGUAAAGGUGGAGGUUCCUGCUGAUGAGAAGAUAGCUGAAGAAGCAGGGAAGAGCGAAGUUAAGGAAGAAACAAAGGCAACGGGGGAAGUUGACAAGGAAGGGGAGAAGGGUGCACUGGGGCAAGUAGAAGCACAUUUAUUCCUGCAGAUGGUUGCGGCAUUUGGACUGAAAGACAAGUUUGAUGGAGAGUUCUUGAAGAGCCUGUUUGUUGCUAACCGUCGAAGGAAGGAACUUGCGAGGUUUGCCUUUAUCCUCGGGUUUGAGGAGACCGUCGCAGAUGUUGUUCAGGAAUUGGUUACUUCAGGAAAUGUAAUCGAGGCUAUAUAUAUUGCUCAUGAGGCAUGUUUGCUUGAGCGAUUUCCUCCUGCACCUCUUCUUAACUCUUAUAUAAAGGACUCAACUGAGAAGGCCCAGGCCAUUCUGAGUAGUGGAAGACGCUCCAGUUCUGCUGUUGAGGAGUCUAAGACCUUGGAGUGCAACGCCUGCAAGGCUGUCAUCAGGUGUGUCGAGUCCUGCCAGCUAGUAUCGGUAUUUAACAUCGAUCACUUAAAAAAGAAGGCGGCGAGGAUGGAUAGAGAGAAGGCUGACCGGAAGAGGCUAGGCAGCGGAAACAGAUUCCAGAACAAGCGAGCACGGGGAGCAGCCGGACCUCAGUCCUUCCCUGCUUCCAAGUCCGCAAGGGCAUCAGGCUCAGGCUCAGGCUACGGGCCAUCAUUCCAGAACCCAGUGUCCCGUUCCUUUGGUUACGCGGCUCGUGCUGGGUACGUGAACCCGGCUGCUGCUGCUCAGCCCUACUAUGCGCCGGGGAGCAUGGCAGCGCGGCGUGGCGGCGUGCUGUAUGGCGGGCCUGGAGCAGCAUUUGGGGCGCAGCAGCCGUACCACCGUUAAGGCCAGCCAUAGCAGUUGAUGUUGCUGGACCAAUUGCUGUUUCUUGCUGAUUUGUACCACCUUGCGUUGUAGUAACGUUUAUCCUUGCCGUGUAACCCUUGGUCGACUGGAUGCGAUUUGAAGAGAUUCAGUCUUAGUACAUGCUGCUGCUUUCUUUUUGGUUGGCUCUGUAUGCGAGACACCGUUUGUCUGAAUGAAACUGUAUGCUGAAUGUUGUAGAGAUUGAGCGCCAUUGACACUAUUCAAACCUGGAUAUGUCUUUUUA